AUGCCUCAGGUUUCAUCCAACAGCCUUGUCGUCCACAAGUGGGCCACCAUCAUCUCAUGGAUCCUCGCUGCCUUCGUCAGCAUUCGCUACUUUGUUGGCAGAUCGCCUGGUGACAAGCACAACCCUUACCAUGUCUCCGACACCCCCUUCUCUGCCAACAUCAUAGUGACUUUGCUCUACUGGCUUGUGUUGUUCUUCUUGCAAAUCUCGUUUGUCGUGCAAAUCUUUGUCCCUGCUGCCGAGUCGUCCAACCCAUUGUCGGAGUCGAGACACACCAUCACCGAGAAGAUUGGGUGGCACUUCACCGCUUUCAACUUGGGUGUGUUUGCAUGGACGUUACUUUUCGUCAAGAAGCACUUCUUCUGGUCCGAGCUCGUGCUCUUGUUGAACUUUGCCAACAUCACCUACUUGUACUUCACCCACAAGACUUACAAGCUUAGACCCUUGUCCACGUGGGUGUUGAUCCACUGGCCUACCGUGGCAUUGCCAUGGUCCUGGUUGAUGUUCGCUGUGUUCUGGAACGGUGCCGUGUUGUUCCACGUUCACAAAUUUGUUGGUAGAAUCAUCUCCAACAUUCUCAUUUGGAUGUUCUUGUUUGUGCCUACUUUCUUCAUUGUCGUGUUCAACGACUGGGGCAUUGGCUUGAGUUCCAGUGCCUUGAUGUUUGGUGUCGGUCUCAACCAGAUCUUCACCAAAACCUUUGCGUUGCAGUGGAUCUUCGCUUUCGUUAUUGCUGGUCUUCUUGCCGUGUUGAGUUUGGUCGCCGCUGCCACUGGCAAGAUCACCAGGGAGCCAACCACCGAGGAAGGUGCUCCAUUGUUGGACGGUAAUUAG